AUGGCGGAGAGAGAGGUGGAGUCCGGCCCCCGAAGGAGGUUUGAGCAGAAAACUGGUGCAGUUUUUGAUGAAAUUGUAGAGAACUGUGGUGGUAUCAUGGAUACAGAAAUGUCUGAAGAUAUAGACCACAACUUAACUCCUACCCUUGACAGCAUGCCUUAUGGAAUGCCGAAUCAAACAGGAUCUGAAAAUUCAUUGCUGGAUGAAGAUGAUUAUUUUUUGAACUCUGGGGAUCUUGCAGGAAUUCCAGUCGUUGGUAGUGACAAUGAGGAUGAACAGGAUUUUAGUUCAAAAGACAAUCUUGUUUCUUCAGUUCAUACUGAUGAUAGCUUGGAAGUAGAGAGAAGAGUCACACAGCAUGAAUCAGACCAUGAAAAUGAAAUACAGAUUCAAAAUAAAUUUAAAAAAGACUUUACUAAACAGUUUGAUCAGGUUUCUGUCUUUAAAUCAAUACGGAAAGAUUUUAGUCUAGUAAGAGAAAACAGCAAAGAGACAUUUUCUGGAAAGGAGAAAAAUAGAGACCUAACUUAUGAACAUGAAAAACAAUUGGACAAAUCCCAUAAAGAGGUGGAUGCAAGGUUGAAAAGCAGUUUUUUUGAUAAAGCAGCUAAUCAAGUUGAAGAAACAUUACAUACUCAUUUACCACAAACCCCAGAAACAAACUUUAGGGAUUCCAGCUAUCCAUUUGCCAAUAAAGAACCCAUUGGUUCGGAACUGGGGAAUUCCUUUGCAUCAAAUAUUAGAAUUAAAGAAGAACCUUUGGAUGAUGAGUAUGACAAAGCAAUGGCACCACAGCAGGGACUACUAGACAAAAUUAAAGACGAACCUGACAAUGCUCAAGAGUUUAAUCAUGGCCAACAGCAAAAGACUCAGGAGGGGGAACUGAAAAUUAGUGCUGUGUUUUCAGUCAGUGGCAGUCCUCUUGCUCCACAGUUGACUACUGGCUUCCAGCCUCCUCUGGCAUCAUCUGGCAUGAAUAAAAUGCUACCUUCAGUUCCAGCCACUGCUAUUCGAGUUUCCUGUUCUGGUUGUAAAAAAGUUCUACAGAAGGGGCAAACUGCUUAUCAGAGGAAAGGGUCUACACAGCUUUUCUGCUCUACACUGUGCCUCACUGGAUAUACAGUUCCACCUGCCCGCCCACCACCUCCUCCCACCAAGAAAACUUGUUCAAGUUGCUCUAAAGACAUUUUAAAUCCAAAGGAUGUGAUCAGUGCCCAGUUUGAAAAUACCACCAGUAGUAAAGAUUUUUGCAGCCAGUCAUGUUUAUCAACAUAUGAACUGAAAAGAAAACCUGUUGUUACCAUAAAUACAAAUAGCAUUUCAACCAAAUGCAGCAUGUGUCAGAAGAAUGCUGUGAUUCGACAUGAAGUUAAUUACCAAAAUGUGGUACAUAAACUUUGCAGUGAUGCCUGCUUCUCUAAGUUUCGCUCUGCUAACAACCUCACCAUGAACUGUUGUGAGAACUGUGGGGGUUACUGUUACAGUGGCUCUGGACAAUGCCACAUGCUUCAGAUAGAGGGACAGUCUAAGAAGUUUUGUAGCUCAACGUGUGUUUCAGCAUAUAAGCAGAAAUCAGCCAAAAUUACACCAUGUACGCUUUGCAAAUCAUUGAGAUCCUCAGCAGAAAUGAUUGAAAAUACCAAUAGCUUGGGAAAGACAGAGCUUUUCUGUUCUGUUAAUUGCUUAUCUGCUUACAGAGUUAAAAUGGUUACUUCUGCAGGUGUACAAGUUCAGUGUAACAGUUGUAAAACUUCAGCAAUCCCUCAGUAUCACCUCGCCAUGUCAGAUGGAAGUAUACGCAACUUCUGUAGCUACAGUUGUGUGGUAGCUUUCCAGAAUUUGUUUAACAAACCAACAGGAGUGAAUUCUUCAGUAGUGCCCUUGUCUCAGGGCCAAGUAAUUGUAAGCAUCCCCAGAGGUUCAACAGUGUCAGCAGGAGGAGGUAACACCUCUGCUGUUUCUCCUACCUCCAUCAAUAGCUCUGCUGCAGCUGGUCUCCAGCGUCUUGCUGCCCAGUCUCAACAUGUUGGGUUUGCACGAAAUGUUGUAAAACUUAAGUGUCAGCACUGCACCCGUCUUUUUGGCACAAAACCGGAACUUCUUGACUAUAAGGGUAAAAUGUUUCAGUUCUGUGGCAAGAAUUGUUCUGAUGAAUAUAAAAAAAUAAAUCAUGUAAUGGCAAUGUGUGAAUAUUGUAAAAUUGAGAAAAUUUUAAAGGAGACUGUGAGAUUCUCAGGUGCUGACAAGUCUUUCUGUAGUGAAGGUUGCAAAUUGCUUUAUAAACAUGACUUGGCCAAGCUCUGGGGAAAUCACUGUAAAAUGUGCAGUUAUUGUUUACAGGCAUCUCCCAAAUUGGUACAGAGUAAUUUGGGGGGGAAGGUUGAAGAGUUCUGUUGUGAAGAAUGUAUGUCCAAAUAUACAGUUCUGUUUUACCAGAUGGCCAAAUGUGAUGGGUGUAAGCGACAGGGUAAACUCAGUGAGUGCUUGAAAUGGCGGGGAGAAAUGAAACAUUUCUGUAACCUGCUUUGUAUCUUGAUGUUCUGUAAUCAGCAAAGUAUGUGUGACCCACCGUCACAAAACAAUGCAGCAAGUGUUUCCAUGGUGUCAGCCGCUUCAACAGGGCCCCCAUCAUUAAGAAAAGACUCAACUCCAGUUAUAGCUAAUGUAGUGUCAUUAGCAAGUGCUCCUGCUGCUCAGCCCACAGUGAAUUCUAACAGCGUUUUACAAGGUGCAGUUCCAACAGUAACAGCAAAAAUCAUUGGGGAUGCAAGUACACAAACAGAUGCCCUGAAACUGCCACCUUCCCAGCCUCCACGACUUUUGAAGAAUAAAGCUUUGUUAUGCAAACCCAUUACACAGACUAAAGCCACCUCAUGCAAACCACAUACCCAAAACAAAGAAUGCCAGACAGAAGACACUCAAAGCUUGUCCCAGGUCAUCGUGGUGCCGAUUCCUGUACCAGUGUUUGUGCCCAUACCUCUUCAUCUGUAUACUCAGUAUGCACCAGUCCCAUUUGGAAUUCCAGUUCCAAUGCCUGUCCCUAUGCUUAUUCCAUCCUCAACGGAUAAUGAAGAUAAAACCACUGAGAGUAUUGAAGACCUUAACGAAAAGCUUCCUUCACAUUCAUUUGAAGCUGAUCUCCUUGAGAUGGCAGAAAUGAUUGUAGAAGAUGAAGAGAAGAAGACUCUAUCUCAGGGAGGAUCCCAAACUUCUGAACAGGAACUCUUUCUAGACACUAAGAUAUUUGAAAAAGACCAAGGAAGCACAUACAGUGGUGAUCUUGAAUCAGAGGCAGUAUCUACUCCACAUAGCUGGGAGGAAGAAUUGAAUCAUUAUGCGUUAAAGUCAAAUGCCGUGCAAGAGGCUGAUUCAGAGUUGAAGCAGUUUUCAAAAGGGGAAACUGAACAGGAUCUGGAAGCAGACUUUCCAUCAGAAUCCUUUGACCCAUUGAGUAAAGGGCAGGGAAUCCAGGCUCGUUCCCGAACAAGACGACGGCACCGAGACGGCUUCCCCCAGCCCAGACGAAGAGGACGAAAGAAGUCUAUAGUACCUGUGGAGCCCAGGAGUCUUAUUCAAGGAGCCUUUCAAGGGUGCUCCGUGUCUGGGAUGACACUGAAAUACAUGUAUGGGGUAAAUGCCUGGAAGAACUGGGUUCAGUGGAAAAAUGCCAAGGAAGAGCAGGGGGAUCUGAAAUGUGGCGGAAUUGAACAUGUCUCGUCUAGCCCAUGUUCUGACCCCUUAGGAAAUGCUCAAGACCAUGCACUCUCCCAGGACUCCUCAGAGUCAGUCUGUAGAGUCCGCUCUAUCAAGCUGAAGGAAGAUAUUCUGUCAUGCACUUUUGCUGAGUUGAGUGUGGGCUUAUGCCAAUUUAUCCAAGAGGUGCGGAGACCAAAUGGUGAAAAAUAUGAUCCAGAUAGUAUCUUAUACUUGUGCCUUGGAAUUCAGCAGUACCUGUUUGAAAAUGGUAGAAUAGAUAACAUUUUUACAGAGCCCUAUUCCAGAUUUAUGAUUGAACUUACCAAACUCUUGAAAAUAUGGGAACCUACAAUACUUCCUAAUGGUUACAUGUUCUCUCGCAUUGAAGAAGAACAUUUGUGGGAGUGCAAACAGCUGGGCGCUUAUUCACCAAUUGUCCUCUUGAACACCCUUCUUUUCUUCAAUACCAAAUACUUUCAACUAAAGAAUGUUGCUGAGCACUUGAAGCUUUCCUUUGCCCAUGUGAUGAGACGGACCAGACUUUUGAAAUACAGUACCAAGAUGACAUAUCUGAGAUUCUUUCCACCUUCACAGAAGCCAGAGUCAGAACCAGAUAAACUAACUGUUGGCAAAAGGAAACGAAAUGAAGAUGAUGAGGUUCCGGUGGGUGUAGAAAUGGCAGAGAAUACGGACAACCCACUAAGAUGCCCUGUCAGACUUUAUGAGUUUUACCUGUCAAAAUGUUCUGAAAGUGUGAAGCAGAGGAAUGAUGUGUUUUACCUUCAACCUGAGCGCUCCUGUGUCCCGAAUAGCCCCAUGUGGUACUCCACAUUCCCGAUAGACCCUGGGACCCUGGACACCAUGUUAACACGUAUUCUCAUGGUGAGGGAGGUACACGAAGAACUUGCCAAAGCCAAAUCUGAAGACUCUGAUGUUGAAUUGUCAGAUUAA